AUGGGGAAUUGGGGGCCUGCUAAAGUUGGAUUAAUACCUAAGUGGUGGACGACGGGGGGAAGGGCGGGUUGUUCCGAGAGUUCAUUUUCGGUCAAAGGGCGGAAGGUUUUAAAUCUAAUAGUAUCCCCUACAUUUAAAUCAAGUGAGUGGGAACUAUCUAACUCUAAAAACUCUGGCCAAGCUACGGACUUAACUCCACGUGAAAUUUUUGCUGCUAUAAUUUUUGGGAAGGUUCGGGAUACAAAAUACUUAUUAAUUUCCAUGCCUGUAAUUGGACGUUGGGCUCGGGGGAGGCGGGGUUGUGUAGGAAUGGGGUAGAU